AUGGCCUCCCUCAGAUCCGCCUCCGCAGCUCGCAUGCUCCGGGGCAGCGUUGCCACAAGCCGCACUAUCCUACCUGCGGCCCGACGAUUCGAGAGCACCCUUACCCCCCAAGAGAAGCCGACUCCCUCGACUCCCGCCGUCCGCGAGGAAAACCAGCCUGAUUACGGCGCCCAUUUUGACAAGGCUACUUCCACGUUUACCCCCGUCCCGAAGCGGCUGCUCGAUGGCAGCGAGGAUACCGAUGUCCUGCCAGCCGCUGUCCUCUCGGGGGCCCCUAUGGAACUCCAGGGCCGCACAGUCCGUAUCUACAAACCCUCAAAGCCGGCCACUCAGUCAGGAACAUGGGGACACAGCCGCUGGCGGAUGGACUGGGACAUCCUACCAAAGGGACAUCGGUGGGAGAACCCUCUGAUGGGAUGGCAGUCGUCAGGCGACUUCAUGCAAGGAACCCACAUGAACUUCAAGACCAAGGAGGAUGCCAUUGCCUUUGCAGAGAAGCAGGGUUACGAGUAUUUCGUUCAGGAGCCAAAUGAGCGCAAGAUUACGCCCAAGGCCUAUGCCAACAACUUCCUGUACUCGGCCGGGAAGUUGAAGCACAUCCGGACGAAAUAG